AGACGUUUGUCAUCAUUUUCACAAAAAACAAGAUGAGGUGUUGUGCUUUAAAUUGUAAAUUCAUAUUGAGAAAGUAUACAAUAUAAUCCUUAUUCCUGUUAAUAUUGCUUUUUUUUUUUUGUGAUUUUUGGUAAAAAUAUACCAAAAUUAAUAGGACCGAGAAUAAGUAGAUCCACACAAAUCGCUAUAACUGUAUAACAUAAUAUAUGCUUUUCUGUAUUGAAGGUUUUUUUUUUCAGGCAAAAGACAAAGGAAAUAUACAUCCUAAUUCGUAACUACUCAUCUGAUUCAAUUUUCAUCAAAACUCCUAAAAGUUAGAAGUAACCAGAAAAUUAAGAUGUCUGUAUCAUCUGCUCCAUUAAUGAAUCUAGAAUUACCAUCAAAACCAGUCCAAGAACUAAUCAGAACUACAGCAAAACAAGUCCCACAAAAAUAUAUUUACCAAAGCAAAUCAACCGAUUUCUCAGAUAUUCAAUACAUGGAAACUUCAACUAUUGAUUUUAAUCUACUUUCCUCUUCUUCAUCAAACGAACAACAACAAGAACUGCAAAAACUUCAAUCUGUUCUUACUUCUUGGGGUUGCUUUCAGGUCAAAAAUCAUGGGUUAUCAACAAGUUUAAUUGACGGAAUUCGAGAAGUUGGGAAAGAAUUCUUUGCACUGCCUUUAGAAGUGAAAGAAAGACAUAAAAGAACAAUAGAUUCAUUUCAAGGCUAUGGAGGUGAUACGGUUUCAGAUGGUCAAAAUUAUAAUUGGAAUGACAGACUGCAUCUCAAAGUUCAUCCUCUUCAACAUCGGAAUUUCGAAUUUUGGCCAGACUACUUGCCAAAUUUCAGGGAAACAGUGGAGGAGUAUAUCAUGGAGGUUAAAAAAGUGGUAGAAAUGAUUCUGAAAUCCAUUGCGAAAUUACUAAAUUUGGAAGAGAACAUGAUCUUCAAUAUAUGUGGAGGAAAUGAGGGAAUAAAUAUGUACACAAGAUUCAACUAUUAUCCUCCAUGUUCAUCAGCAGAUCAAGUUUUAGGUCUAAAACCACAUUCUGAUGGUACAGUUCUUACUGUUCUAUUGCAAGAUAAACAAGUUGAAGGUCUUCAAGUUCUAAAAGACAACAAAUGGUUCAAAGUACCUAUUGUUCCUGAUGCCCUUUUCAUCAAUCUUGGGGAUCAAUUGGAGAUGAUAAGCAAUGGAAUAUUGAAGAGUGCAGUUCAUAAGGUGGUGAUAGACAAGGAGAAAGCAAGGACAUCAAUAGCUACAUUAUUUUCUCCAGGCCCCGACAAAGAAAUUGGACCGUUCAGUGAACUAAUUGAUGAUAAGGAAAGGCCACGACUAUACAAGAACAUCAAGAAUUAUGUUGAUGUGUUCUUCCAAUACUAUCCAAAAGGUGAAAGGGCCAUCAAUGCUAUGAAAAUCUAGAACUACUUUUUUUCGUGUAUUUUUACUUGCAAUUUUUGUAUUAUUAUGUGAAUUUUAUAGUUUAAUAUAGCAAGUACAUUCGAUAUAUUGUUAUGUAAGACUGAUGAUUAGACUAUAAUUAAUUUAAGGAAAAUUUAAUUUUAAAAAU